AUGGAGGAAGCAUCUAAGGUGAUUGUAAACGAGAAUUGCUCAGCUGCGAUGUUGAACAAACUACCAAAGAACAUGGGCGACCCAGGAAGUUUAACCUUGACAUGUCAAUUUGGGAACUUGGCUACAAGUUAUGCAUUGGAUGAUUCGGGAGCUAGUGUAAACCUUAUGCCCUACUCAUUCUUCAAAAAGUUGAAUGUUCCAGAACCGAGGCCCAUCCGUAUGGCGAUUCAUCUAGCAAAGAAGACGGUGACAUUUCCAAGAGGGAUAUGCGAGGAUCUUUUGGUGAAAGUUGAAAUUUUUGUGUUUCCUACAGAUUUUAUCGUGCUUGAUAUGGAAGAAGAUCAUCAAGUUCCAAUAAUCCUUGGAAGACAUUUUCUAAGCAACCCUAGAGCCCUAGUGUAUGUGAGAGAGUCUAAACUCACUCUCCAGGUAGGAGAAGAUGUCGUCACCUUUGGAGUAGAAUGA